AUGGCAUCACGAAAGAAGGUUCUUCUGAAGGUCAUCAUCCUCGGUGACAGCGGGGUCGGCAAGACCAGCUUGAUGAACCAAUAUGUCAACAAGAAAUUCAGCGCGAGCUACAAAGCCACGAUAGGCGCCGAUUUCCUCACCAAAGAGGUACUCGUAGACGAUCGCCUCGUCACGAUGCAGUUGUGGGACACCGCUGGGCAGGAGAGGUUCCAGUCUUUAGGCGUGGCCUUCUAUCGCGGCGCUGACUGUUGUGUGCUCGUUUACGACGUCAACAACUCCAAGAGUUUCGACACAUUGGAUAGCUGGCGGGACGAAUUUCUGGUACAGGCCAGCCCUAUGGACCCUGAAAGCUUCCCCUUCGUCGUGAUCGGAAACAAAAUCGAUGUGGAGGAGAGUAAGAGAAUGAUCUCGCAGAAGCGUGCCAUGACCUACUGCCAGUCCAAGGGCGGCAUUCCAUACUUUGAGACAAGCGCAAAGGAGGCUAUCAAUGUGGAGCAAGCGUUCGAGGUCAUCGCGCGGCAAGCUCUUGCACAGGAGGAAGUUGGCGACUUCAACUCUGACUUCCCCGAGACGAUUCCGAUUGACCUGAAGCCUGGCGGUGACGGUGGCUGUGCUUGCUAG